AUGAGUAAAUUUUUUUACAUAAUGGAUUAAAGAAAUCUAAUUAAGGUGAAGUCGUUUACUUGAGAAGGUAAAAACUAGAAGAGAGGAAAUAAUGGUGUUCGAAGCCACCUCGACCCCAUCGGGCACCACCUUGGUUUAAUCUCUUCUCACUUUGGUGUGGACAUUGAUCUGGUCGAACCUGGUCAGCCAAGAACGGGUCAAACAGAAUAGUCAUGCUAUUCAGUCUUUUUCUAUUAAUACUUAAUCCACAAGUAUUAGCCUCUCAUCGCUCCCUCCGCUGCAUGCUCCGCCCAAAUCCUCUUCUGAUGGCCGUCGCCACCGCUUGCCUUCCCCUCCGAGGCCGACGUAGCCGUCGCAGUCUCCUUGCGGCCGUUUUCUUCCUCUACCUGGUAUUCCCUGCGCUCUCCCAGGCCUCCUCCGAUGCCGUCCCCGCAAACUCCUCCAACUCACGUUCCUUCGUUUUCCCCUCCUUCGACAACGUGGUCAACGGCAGCAAUCUCGUCUUCUUCAAGGACGCCGCCAUCAGCCCGGGUGCCCUCCAGCUCACGCCCGACCAUUACGACAACGUCGACCAGCUCAUGAACAAAUCCGGCAACGUCUUCCUCACCCGCUCCUUCAAACUCUGGGAGGACCUCCCCGCCACCGCCACCGCCAACGCCUCCCAGCGCGUCGCUUCCUUCAACACUUCCUUCAACAUCAACGUCUACCGCCCGAACGAGGACAUCCCCGGCGACGGUCUCGCCUUCGUUAUUGCGCGCUCCCUCGACGGUCCGCCGCCCGGCAGCGAAGGGGCCUACCUCGGCCUCACCAACGCGACCCUAAACGGCCUCUCGACCAACCAAUUCGUCGCCUUGGAGCUGGACACCGUGAUGGACAGCAGCGUCGAGGACCCUGACGACAACCACGUCGGCCUCGAUAUCAACGGCGUCGUCUCCAAUGUCACGGCCAGUAUGACGCGCUUCAACAUCUCGAUCGCCCCUGUCGACGGGGUCAACUACACGGUGUGGAUCAACUACGAUGGUGGCGCGCGUUUCAUCCGGAUGUACAUGACCGUCGUUGGAAAUCCGAAGCCGGCGUCUCCGGCUCUGCAAGCGCCUCUGGAUCUAAGCGAGUACCUGAAUCAGUACUCUUUCUUCGGCUUCGCCGGGGCGACUGGGGAGACUUACCAGCUCAAUUGCGUGCUGGCGUGGAAUCUGACGGUUGAGAUCCUGCCGGAGGACGACAACGACGCUCUCUCAGGGUGGAAGUUGGGGGCGGUGAUCGCCGCCGCGGCGUUAGUCGGGUUGGCGCUGGUUGUAGGGGUGGUGGUGUGGAUGCACAUGAGGCGGCGGAGGGUGAGGGACGUGGACUCGGGGGCAGUGAUGGCGGGGACGCUCAGGAGCCUUCCAGGGACGCCGAGGGAGUUCGAGUUCAAGGAACUGCGGAGGGCGACGAGGAACUUCGACGAGAAGAUGAAGCUUGGGCAGGGUGGGUUCGGGGUGGUCUACCGGGGGAUUUUACCGGGGGAGAACCGCCAGCUGGCGGUGAAGAAGUUUUCCAGGGGAAGCAGCGGCACCGAUGAUUUCCUCAAGGAGCUCACCAUCAUCAACCGCCUCCGCCACAAGCAUCUUGUGCCCCUCGUCGGGUGGUGCCAUGAAAAGGGGAUUCUGCUUCUGGUGUACGAGUACAUGCCGAACGGCAGUCUGGAUCAGCACCUCUACGGCGGCGACAACGACCACCGGCCUCUGCUGGGGUGGGAGCGGCGCUACAACAUCGUGGCCGGGGUGGGGUCGGCGCUGCACUACCUCCACGAGGAGUACGACCAGCUCGUGAUCCACCGCGACCUCAAAUCCUCCAACGUUAUGCUCGACGCCGGCUUCGGUGCGCGCCUCGGCGACUUUGGCCUCGCGCGCGCGCUGGAGAUCGACAAAACCUCCUACGCCGAGCUGGAGCUGGCCGGCGUCCCCGGCACGCUGGGCUACAUCGCCCCUGAGUGCUUCCACACCGGCAGAGCCACGCGCACCUCCGAUGUCUUCGGCUUCGGGGCCGUCGUCCUCGAGGUCGUCUGCGGCCGCCGCCCCCGCGGCGACAACGGACAGUUCCUCACCGACUCGGUCUGGAAGCUCCACGGCGACGGCCACAUCCUCGACGCCGUCGACCCGCGCCUCGACGGCGAGUUCGACGCCCAGGACGCCGAGCGCCUCCUCCUUCUCGGCCUCGCCUGCAGCCACCCAAUCCCGUCCGAUCGUCCCAAGACGGAGACCAUCCUCCAGAUCCUCUCCCGGUCGGUGCCGCCGCCCACAGUGCCGGCCGCGAAGCCCUCCUUCGUCUGGCCCUCCGGCCCCGUGGACGAUGAGGAAGACGACCGCCUCCGGCUGAUACGCAGGGUGGCGAUGAGCAUGAGCAUGACGUCGUCAAACUAUGCGUCAUCAGCCGGGUACACGACCUCGCAGUCCCAAUACCUCAGCCGAGAUGGACCCCCUCCAGUCUGACGGCGAGGCUCAUCCCCCAAUUGUAGACGACUUUGGAGGAGCUCAAGCAAUCUACGCGAUAAACUUGGACUAGCAGUGAGAAGGACGUUAAUGGCUGCCGGUCUUCUCAACAAAUCCAUCGCAAUCUCAUCGUCAUGCAAAACAAAUAACAUUCAUUUUGAUUCCUUCUGCCUAUCGGUCGUCGGUAUGAACCUUCCCAGUACUUGCCUGUACAAAGUCAACAUUUAAUUGUAGACUAUGUCUUUAAAUCGCGUUCCUUGA